ACCUUGUUCAAGUUCGCGGCAAGUACUUCCUGCGCGCAACACCGAGGUCUGGAAAGGCGUUGGGAGCUGCCUGCUCCCGCGUCUCCACCUCUGCGCCUAAACCGAGACUCCCAAGGGUCGCUGCUCGAACGCUCGCUGCGCCUUUGGAAACAGAUUUCUUACCUUGACUGGCGUUGCAUGAAGACCGGGGGGAAAAGAUUGCGCUGCGAAUCCCAAGAUCACAAGUCCUGGGUUGUUCUUCAAAAAAUGGCUAUUUCUUUGAGCCCAUGUCUGGCCUUUACCUGUUUAUUGUUGUGCCACUGGAUUGAGACAGCAUCACCUCUGAAUCUUGAAGAUCCCAAUGUGUGCAGCCACUGGGAAAGCUACUCUGUGACUGUGCAAGAGUCCUACCCACAUCCCUUUGAUCAGAUUUACUACACCAGCUGCACCGACAUCCUGAACUGGUUUAAAUGCACACGGCACAGAAUCAGUUAUCGGACAGCCUACCGACAUGGGGAGAAAACUAUGUACAGGCGCAAAUCUCAGUGCUGUCCUGGAUUUUAUGAAAGCAGGGACAUGUGUGUCCCCCACUGUGCUGAUAAAUGUGUCCAUGGUCGCUGCAUUGCUCCAAACACCUGUCAGUGUGAGCCUGGCUGGGGUGGGACCAACUGCUCCAGUGCCUGCGAUGGUGACCACUGGGGGCCUCACUGUAGCAGUCGGUGCCAGUGCAAAAAUGGGGCUCUGUGCAACCCCAUCACGGGGGCUUGCCACUGUGCUGCAGGUUUCCGGGGCUGGCGCUGUGAGGACCGUUGUGAGCAGGGCACCUAUGGGAAUGACUGUCACCAGAGAUGCCAGUGCCAGAAUGGAGCCACCUGCGACCACGUCACUGGGGAAUGCCGUUGCCCACCAGGAUACACUGGAGCCUUCUGUGAGGAUCUGUGUCCUCCUGGUAAACAUGGUCCACAGUGUGAACAGAGAUGCCCUUGCCAAAAUGGGGGAGUGUGUCAUCAUGUCACUGGAGAAUGCUCUUGCCCUUCUGGCUGGAUGGGCACAGUGUGUGGUCAACCUUGCCCCGAGGGUCGCUUUGGAAAGAACUGUUCCCAAGAAUGUCAAUGUCAUAAUGGAGGAACAUGUGAUGCUGCCACAGGCCAAUGUCAUUGCAGUCCAGGAUACACAGGAGAACGGUGCCAGGACGAAUGUCCAGUCGGAACCUAUGGAGUCCGCUGUGCUGAGACCUGCCAGUGUGUCAACGGAGGGAAGUGCUACCACGUGAGUGGCACUUGCCUCUGUGAAGCAGGCUUUGCUGGUGAGCUCUGCGAGGCACGCCUGUGUCCAGAGGGGCUCUAUGGCAUCAAAUGUGACAAACGUUGCCCCUGUCACCCAGACAACACUCAGAGCUGUCACCCCAUGUCUGGAGAGUGUGCCUGCAAACCAGGCUGGUCGGGUCUCUACUGUAAUGAGACAUGCUCUCCUGGAUUCUAUGGGGAAGCCUGCCAACAGAUCUGCAGCUGCCAAAAUGGGGCUGACUGUGACAGUGUGGCUGGAAGGUGCACCUGUGCACCAGGAUUCAAAGUGAGUGACUUGGGUCCUAGAGGCAGGAAAAGUGGAAUGUGA